UGCGAAGGAACUGGCAGCCAGGAAGAAAUUGACGGUGGCGAAUAAACUUAUUGCCUUGGAGGGUCGUAACAUCGAUUCUCUAACAGUUUCUUGCUGUAUUGGUGCUUCAAGUUGUGACGCGCACUUUGUUGACUUUCGCCUUAUGAUGAUUGGAUUCGCUAUCAAGAAGGAAAGCGUGGUCCAGUCCAACAGCCACAAAAAAGCUGGAACGGUCGCUGGACAGAAAAAGUGCAACAUUUUUCCGUCGGCUGUUGUCAACAAAAUUCUAGUCUAUCCUCGAGUACACGUGCCCCAGUUAUGCGCCACUGGGAACCUUCUACUACACCUAAUACGCGAAGAGGACGGACUUAUAGCAGGCUUUAUCAAGGACUGGUGGAGUUUUUGUUGGCGACACCAAGAUUUCACGUUUCCUUUCAUGUGCGCUGCAAAACAGUAUCAAGAUAGCCCUAGGUCCGCAGCUACGAGUUGAGUCUAGCAACUUUCUCCUGUGAGUGUUAAUAAGUGCAGUGACCAUAAGUGGGUCAGUUAUGUAAAAACCUGAUAAAAAAGAUGAGCUUUCUCCGCAGCUUUAAACAACACGCUUUCACCACGGCUUCUGCAACCGAAGAAAUCGUAGCAUUUCGUAAGUUAAAGUCUCCAAGACAAGUUUACUCUAAAAAUUCAUUUGAACUGGACUAGUCCGGAUCAUUGAAUUCAAAAUGGAAUCCGCCAUAACUGACAACGAAAUUGAUUUUUCCAAGGCGAACAAGAGACCGCAAAUCCUGGCUGCUCUGGCAGCUGCUUUCAGCGCAUUUGUGAUGGGAACUACAUUUGGAUGGUCGUCACCCGUUCAGCCACAAUUGCAACAGAAUUCUACCUUGAACACUGUGGUUGAUCAGAACAGCACUUGGUACAUCGACCUGGAUGACGAUCAAAUGUCUUGGGUAGGUUCACUAAUCAACAUCGGAGCUUCCGUUGGAGCCAUUUGCGGAGGCUAUCUGAUGGACAGGUUCGGACGCGUCUUUGUUUUGAUGGCCGUGUCAAUCCCUUUUUUCACAGGAUGGCUCUUCAUCGUCUUGGCCGUCGAUCCUUUGAUGCUCUACGUUGGACGUUUGUUGGGAGGACUGGCUGCCGGUAUCUGUUGCGCUGUGGCACCUUGUUAUAUUGGAGAAAUUUCUAUACCUGAUAUUCGUGGAACCGUUGGCUACUUUUUCUCAACCAACAUUGGACUGGGAAUUUUAUUCACUCAGAUACUUGGACUAGGUCUAGAUUGGCGAUUCAUUUCCGGUGUGUGUGCCAUCACUCCACUUGUACUUUUCGCUCUUUUAUAUUUUGUUCCGGAAUCUCCCUACUUUCUCGUCAAAAACAACAAGAUGGAUAAGGCUGCCAAAAGCUUACAAUGGCUCCGAGGAAAUCUGUUUAAUGUGGAGGCUGAACUGGCUCAGAUUAAAUCGCGAGUAAUCGAGGACAAAACUCAACAACUAAACUUGAGGGACUUCUUAAGACCUUGGGCGUACAAACCUAUUUUGAUAGGAAUUGCCGUAAUGGUUUUCCAACAGUUUUCCGGUCUCAACGCAGCCCUGUUUUACUCCGUCGAAAUCCUUCAAGUGGCCGGAAGCAAUUUAGACGCUCUGGUGUCCGCUGUUGUUGUCAUCAUUACGUUGCUCAUAGGAAACUUUCUCGGAGCUGUGGUGGUUGGUCGUCUCGGUCGCCGGCCUCUGUUUAUGAUUUCUGAAGCGAUAGCUUGUCUUUCGAUGUGUGUUCUUGGAUCCUACUUUUACAUCCUCACCAACGAUCCGGAAGCUGCCAAACCCUUGGCUUGGUUACCAUUGACAUCCUUAAUUGUCUUCAUUUCCGGAAUCGGCAUGGGACUAGGACCCCUUCCUUGGAUAAUCUCCAGUGAGGUCCUACCUGCCAAAAUCCGUGGACAGGGCAGUUCUAUUGCUGCUUUGGCCAAUUUUGGACUAUCGUUUAUCGUCACGAAAACUUUCAUCGAUAUCCAAAGAGCAGUGACACCGGCAGGUGCCUUUUGGUUCUACGGCGGUUUCUGCCUGUUAGGUAUCCUCUUUGCCCUAUUCCUUUUACCCGAAACCAAAGACAAGACCUCUGAGCAAAUUGAAGCAUUCUUCGUGACUCCCAAUCACAACGUUGAAUAGCAUACAAAACUAAUUUUCUCCCACAAAAUUCGAUACUCAGUUAUGUCAGUGAAUCACGAUUGAACUAUAUUUUUCCUGCGACAGGCCUUGCGAAGGAGAUUUGUCCAACAAUAGAGAAUGAUGCAAUAAAGUCUAAAUCACAUUUUAA